GUGUAGGUGGCGCAGCGAUCGAUCGUGUCGGCUUUUAGUCAGCUGGGGGUGUGUUCGCUAUCCUGGGGCGUCGGCUUUGUUUUUCGACAAAUCCCUGAUUACAGGGGACCGAGAUGGACAGCCAGGGCAGGAAGGUCAUAGUUUGCGACAACGGGACGGGGUUCGUGAAAUGUGGCUACGCUGGCUCGAAUUUUCCGGCCCAUAUUUUCCCCUCUAUGGUCGGACGACCUAUAAUCAGGGCUGCGAACAAAAUUGGCGAUAUAGAAGUGAAGGAAGUAGCAAAUGUGCCAGAUUUAAUGGUAGGCGAUGAAGCAAGCAAGCUGCGCUCAAUGCUGGAAGUUAACUACCCCAUGGAGAACGGAAUCGUGAAGAACUGGCCAGAUAUGUGUCACGUUUGGGAUUAUACGUUUGGACCCAACAAAAUGGACAUCGACCCCAAGGAAUGCAAAAUUCUCCUGACUGAACCGCCGAUGAACCCGACGAAAAAUAGGGAAAAGAUGAUUGAGGUGAUGUUUGAAAAGUACGGCUUUGCUGGCGCCUACAUCGCCAUCCAGGCCGUGCUCACCCUUUAUGCUCAAGGCUUGCUGAGUGGCGUCGUAGUCGAUUCGGGCGACGGUGUUACCCACAUUUGCCCAGUCUACGAAGAGUUUGCGCUUCCCCACUUGACCCGUCGGCUCGACAUCGCUGGCAGAGACAUCACCAGAUACCUGAUCAAACUGCUCCUGCUGCGGGGCUAUGCCUUCAACCACACUGCCGACUUUGAGACUGUGCGCAUGAUGAAGGAGAAAUUGUGUUACAUCGGCUACAACAUCGAAACCGAGCAGAAACUAAGUCUCGAGACAACUGUCCUCGUUGAGCCAUACACCCUUCCUGACGGCAGGGUGAUCAAGGUCGGUGGAGAGCGGUUUGAGGCGCCUGAGGCGUUGUUCCAGCCCCAUCUGAUCAAUGUUGAAGGACAGGGUAUUGCCGAAUUGGUGUUCAACACCAUUCAAGCCGCGGACAUCGACAUGCGUUCGGAACUGUACAAGCACAUCGUCCUGUCUGGAGGCUCGACCAUGUACCCUGGUCUUCCAAGUCGGCUUGAGCGCGAGAUCAAACAGCUCUACCUUGAACGAGUCCUCAAGAAUGACAUUGAUAAACUUUCGAAAUUCAAAAUCCGAAUUGAGGACCCGCCAAGGAGAAAGGACAUGGUGUUUAUCGGGGGAGCCGUUUUAGCCGAAGUGAUGAAAGACAGAGACACCUUCUGGAUGACGAGGGAGGAGUACCAAGAGAAGGGGGUGCAUGUCCUGAGCAAGCUGGGCGCACGUGCAAAUUAAUUUAAUCUGCCUCUUGAAUAUUUCCGCAUUUACCCUUUCCUGUGUUAAAAAUUUGUUUUUACAUUGAAGCAAUAUAUUAAUGUUCUAUUAAUUAAUUUUAUAUGGAAGAAAUUUUAAAAUAAUCCGUGCAUAAAAUUGUAAGUUACAUUCCAUCCAAAUUUCUCGAUUCACAAAACCAACCUUAGCAUCACUCUCCAGUUAACCUCAUAAUAAUUUAAAACAUCUUCGCAAUAAAACUUAUGAAACUGUAAA